AUGGCUGAUUUUGAAACCAAUCUAUCAACAGAAGCCGAAGAAGAAAACCUCAUGGCAAUGAUAGCAACUGACAUUGAUGAUCCAUAUUCCUUCGAAGAAGCAUGUAAAAGCAAGCGGUGGAGGGAAGCAAUGGAUACAGAGAUGGCUCGAAAGGAACAACACUUAGGAGCUUGUACCAUGCUUUCAAAGGAUGAAAAUGGUGUUGUAGUAGAUGCAACUAAAUUCAGACAAGUAAUUGGAAGUCUCAUGUACUUGAAAGUAACUCGACCAGAUUUGAUGUUUGGUGUAAAUCUAAUAAGCAAGUUCAUGGCUAACCCAAAGGUGGACAACAACCAAAAGACUCUUAAGGAUGGUAAAAGUGAUCUCAUAGCCUAUAGUGACAGUGAUUAUGCAGGAGAUUUAGAUGAUAGAACAAGCACAUCUGGCUCAGUAUUCAUAAUUGGGUCUACAACUGUCUCAUGGGCUUCGAGAAAGCAACCUGUUGUAGCAGACAUUAUGACCAAACCUCUGAAACUUGAUCAAUUUGAAAGGAUACGAAGCAUGCUUGAAGUUAUGAAAGUCACUAAAGUAAGCUAA